AUGCUUUCCAUCGGUUCGGGAAUCCCUUGUGACAUUGAGCCUCCUCCAUUUAUUUCUCGUGCCUCCUCUUCACCAUCCCUCUCCACUGUCCCUCCUCCCCACCGUCCCCACCGUCCCCCUUCCCCAAUGGUCCCCCGUGCAGGGGACGCCCCCCCUGGUUCAACCCAGGUGUCUCUCUCCUUUGAAGAGCUCGUGCGCAUUGCUCAGGGCGCAGCGGAAGGGCUGGCAUACCUGCACCACUCGCUCUCCCCUCCCAUCGUGCAUCGCGACGUGAAGCCCGCGAAUAUUCUCAUCGGCGAGGGCAGGACGGCGAAGCUGGGUGAUUUCGGGCUGGUUAAGAUGGAUAACCUGGAAAAUGCGACGAACCUGGCGGGCACGCCCGGGUACAUGGACCCGGAUUAUGGUGACAGUAAGAUUGUGACGACGGCAAGUGAUGUGUUCAGCUUUGGAGUGGUGCUGCUGGAGAUGGUGUCGGGGAAGCGGGCCGUGUUGGACGAGAGUGACAUCGCCUUCAGCAACCGCCACAUUUCCAUCUGGGCGAAUGAGCUUGUGAUGGCGGGGAAGAUCACCCAAGUGGUGAUGGAGGACCUGAAAGCGCCACCAGAUGCCAUCAUCAUGUUUGUCGAUCUCGCCAUGGACUGCCUCAAGCGGCCUGGGGCCUUGAGGCCGGAGAUGCGGGAAGUGGCUCGGCGCCUCAACAACAUCCUUGCCGUUGCACAAGGAAAUGCGCCGGUGGGAGCUCAUCUGAUGAAGCAAAAGUCGUGGACGAAUGGUGCUGGGAUUGAUCCGAGCGUCAAGGCUGUAGAUGAAGCAGCGGAGCCGUUUAAGAAGGAAACUGCUUAG